GCGCGCACCUACAGAGCGUGCCCAUCACGCUUUGGUCCGACAUGCGUUAGCGUCGGUCUCAGAGUCGUGUUACGGCGCGUAUCGGCCACCCCAUAGAUACACGCGCAGAGAGGUCCACCAUCUCGAGGCAUGCCGUAUAAUACCCGCGACCUUCGUCGCGAAUCCUAGUAACCCGCUAGCGCAUCCCGCCGGUACCAUCUCUCUUUCCCUUCAACCAUUUGGACCCUCUGGUUCUGUGUCCACUCUCAGCUAGCCAGACGGCCAUGUUCAGGUCCAGCGAGAAGGUUGCAGUGUUUUGGGAUUAUGGUGAGCUCCCCGUUUGCCCGCUUGAUGGUCGCGUGCUUACUCGCAUUGCUUUAGAAAAUUGUGCUCCUCCAGCCCAGGUGUCUGGCUACGACGUUGUAGAUACCAUCCGAGGCAUCGGGCACCGCUACGGGGCCAUAUGCCAGUUGAAGGCUUACCUCGAGCCUCCAAGGCAGUAUGUCGAUCCGUCUGGGACGGCGCGGCUGCUGGCCCUGCGAACCGAACUGCAGGCGUCGGGUGUAUCCUUGACGGACUGCCCGCACAACGGAAUGAAGGAGGUCGCUGACCAUAUGAUGCAGGUCGAUAUGCUGGCAUUUGCCCUUGACCAUCCAGCCCCAGCGACCGUUAUCCUCAUCACCGGCGACCGCGAUUUCGCUUACGCAACGGCCGUGCUACGCGCUCGACGCUACCGCGUCAUCAUACUGUCGCUCCCCCACAUCCACGAGACUCUGAAGGCGCAGGCCGACGAGUGGCUGGAGUGGGGGCCUGCGGUGCGGGCGACGGAAGAGCGGCGGAGAGCAAGAACUGCGGGCAGCAAUGCCUCCAGCGAGCCCGCAGAGGUGGCACGAUCGACGCCAAAGGGGAGGGCAACGCGCGCGAGCUCACUAUCUUCAGUGACCUCGGACGUGUCAACCCUAUCCUCGUUGUCAUUGUCGCCGCCUUCGUUCCCCGUCAGUGACGACAGGGACCUGUCCACCCCACCGUCUUCACCCCCAUCUCUGAUGACGACCCCUGCCUCCGCUAGUCAGGCGCCGGAUGCCUACGAUAGCGAUGUGACGCUUGCGAAUGUGUCGCCGCCUCCGAUGCCGAGCGUUGAGGGUAGCGGGUCUUCUAUCAGGAAGCCCACGGACGUGCAUCAGUUCGCAAAGACUUUGCUCGCAUGCACCCCUCCGAGCCUGCGUUUUGAUUUCUUAAAGUCUCCGGUGGCGAGACCCCUGUCGCCUGUCGUGACGCCUGCGACAGCGACAAUAACGGGUAGCGUUGCGUAUGCGCACCUUCAGCCAGCUGUAGCAGCGGUGACUCCUGAAGCGCCCAUCGCUUCAGCCGCGCCGGUCUAUGAGGCGCCGCCCAUAGUCGUCCCCGCGCCGACCACGGUCUCCAUCGCGCCCGCGCCUGCACCCUUAGAGGAGAUAGCGGCCAUAUCAUCGGUCGUAGACCAAGCUCCUGUCGCCGCAUCGCUUCCGACUCCCCCUCCCUGCACGGCCCCGACCGCGCUAAACACACUGCAGGCUUCGGGUAGUUCGCCUGCGCAGAUGAGGAUCGUGCCGCAGAACUACGCCGCCCUCGUUAGUAUACUGCAAGAUCAGCGUCGCCUCGGGAAGAUGCAGUUCAGUCGCACUGAGCUCGCGCGCUUGCUGAACAUGAAAGACAGCAUGGUCUAUCGUCGCACGAAGGUCUCCAAUUGCAAACAGUACCUUGCCUUAGCAGCGAAAGAAGGGUUUGUGGAUCUAGGGGAAACAGGCAGUACAUCUUCGGCUUGGGUAGAACUGAAGGAGGAAUGGCGGACAACAUUCUGAGUGGUAUUGUGGAUUGGGUAGGCGAGGAACCGGUGAGAGUGCUGGCACCCCGCGGGCCUCUCACAUGGCGACACGACCGUGUUGUAUGCGAUUAUUCGUAGUGCUUGAUCUAUAAUUUAUUGGCCUUGUCGACGUCCACGGUAGCACGCGAACCCUAUCAACAAGCCGGUGAACUGUAGGUCCGUCUCACCUCAUGUUUUCCAGUGAUAGCGGCGCGAUCAGGCAAUUGCUGAGCUUCAUGCGGCG